UCCCGCGAGAGCAGCUCAGGAUCAAAGAACGCGCGCCUUGUCUGAAAUCUCUCUCUCUCUCUCUCUCUCUCUUUUGCUUUGAACUUGCGGAGUCCUUCCUUUCUCCGCUCUUUCUGAGAAAUCUUAUCUAGUGCACGCACCUUCACCUGCGCACUCUUUGUAAAAGGAAAUGGAGACCGCAAUGGACUUAAUGCGAAGGAUCCACCCAAAGCACACAGACACGGCUCUCUCUGCCCUUUUGAGUCUCCUGCCUCAACACUCUUCAGAUCUCCUCUCACAAGUUGAUCAGCCGCUCCAGGUAUCCUACGAUAUGGAGUGUGGAAAAGAGUUCAUAUUGUGUGACUACAAUAGAGAUGCAGAUUCCUAUAGAUCACCUUGGUCAAACAAAUAUCAUCCGCCAUUGGGAGAUGGGCAGCAACCAUCUCCAGAGUUGAGGAAACUUGAAGUUGAAGCAAAUGGCGUCUUUGCAAUUUAUUGUGACCAGUAUUAUGAAGGUGGUAUUUCAUCAGUAUAUGUGUGGGAGGAUGACAAUGAAGGUUUUGUCGCAUGCUUCUUAGUAAAGAAAGAUGGCUCAAGGUCAGGUCAGGGCCGUAGGGGUUACUUGCAAGAAGGUUUAUGGGAUGCUAUUCAUGUAAUUGAGGUAGGAGCAGAGGAAGAUGGAAUGGCUCAUUACUGCUUAACCAGUACAGUCAUGCUAUCAUUGACCACGAAUGAAGAGUCGGCAAGCACAUUCAGUUUAUCAGGAUCAAUAAGACGGCAGAUGAAUAUGGAUCUACCAGUUGCUGAGGGUCACCUCUGUAACAUGGGAAGGAUGAUCGAAGAAAUGGAGAGUAAGCUGAGAAACUCCCUGGAUCAAGUCUAUUUUGGAAAGACGAAAGAGAUGAUCUGCACUCUUAGGCCGUCUCCUGAAGUGGUGCAGAUGAGACUGCCAAGCAGCUAAGGGCAAUACCAUGGGCAUGUAAAGAGAUGGAUAAACAAGUUGUUUGUAUCCCUAUUUCAUAAAUAUCAUGUUAUCUAGUUAAAAAAAAGAAAAAAAGAAAAAAACAUCACAGUUAGUUUUACAUGUUUACAGUAUUUGUGCAAAAUAUGUGUAGCGGCUCUAUCAUGAAUCCAUGGUAGAAGAUUCAUUCUA